AUGUCCGCUAAGUCGACCUUUCAAGCUGUCUUUGACAAGGCAGAGGAGAGUACCAUACCAGAGAUGCAAAGUUUUUACAUCACACUGCCGAAGCACGGUUACCAAGUUGUUAACGAAGCAGAUGAACUGAGUGCCAUCAAUACCGACACUCUAAUGAAAGCCUUCCUACAGGAUGGUCUUGUGAAAGAAUGGCAACUGCAGGCUGGCGCGUCCCAGUUCGAAGAGACUCCGUGGGCCAAAUUCACAGACGACAAAGAUUCGUCCGCUAAAAUUCUGUGCAAGAGGAUUAACAUGGUCAUGCCCAUUCCGAAGCUCCCAAUGUGUGCCGAUGAGAGCCGAGUUAUUGUGUACUACUGGCUGCGUUUGGAAGAGGACGACGGUUCAAUACGGCUCGAGAGUUUAUCACAAAGUCUGGACGCCCCCUUUUGCACAUAUUUCACCAAUGCUGAGCGAGCCGUCUUUCGUGAUGCCAAAGAUGAGAAUGGGAACGAUUGUGUGACAAUGAAAAAGGAGUGUGGAUGUAAUUUCGUGAAAUUUAUGAUGAUGAAAUCUCAAGUUAGCAAGAAUGUGGCGAGUUCGAGCGCUGAGGGGACGAAAUUCCUCGAGCAGGCCAUAACGAAGAUAACGCAGGCAUAAGGUAUGCAGAGACGCAGAUUUAUAUUAUCUCUAACAUCGUUGAUCGAACCAUUAUGUUGGUAGUAAUUGCGUCGCUCCGCUGUAAUCCGAUUUCCG